CCAUCGAUACCUUCUAUGGCUGCUAUCUCAUUCAACACGCCGAAUUUCCCAUCUGGGUUUGCUUUUCCAGAAACAGCGAAGCUCAUCCCUGAGCAUAUGCUGACGUUCAAGAUUGUUGGAGAGCCUGAGGGUCCUCAUUACGCUCACUAUGGUGUUGUGGGAAGUCAUUUGGAGUUUGACUUCAAAGAGAAGAAAACUUUGGAAGAAAGGAAAAUGGCGACCGUCGGUGGAAUCAAAGAAGUUGAUGGGAAUCAGAACAGUCUCGAGAUCGAAAGCCUUGCUCGUUUUGCUGUCGAUGAACACAACAAGAAACAGAAUUCGCUUCUGCAAUUUGAGAAGGUUGUAAACACGAAAGUGCAAGUGGUUUCUGGUACGAUGCAUCAUAUUACGUUGGAGGCUUUGGAUGGGGAUAAGAAGAAGGUUUAUGAAGCCAAGGUGUGGGAGAAGCCAUGGAUGCAUUUUAAGGAGCUCCAGGAAUUCAAAUAUAUUGGUGAUGCUCCUUCUGGAUCAUCCUCUUAAUUCUGAGCUAUAUGGUAAGCUGUAAACGUCUUUGAUUUUUUUUUUUCAAAUCUAUUUAUCUAAUUCUAUAUAUGAUUAUGAAUACGGGAAUAUAAGAAAAAGACUCUGUUUUUGCAAUCUUACUUUUAUUGCAAUAUUAUGAAAAUAUAUAUUUCUUUUGAGUAGUAUCAUUAGACGCUCUGAUAAAAUUGAACCUCAAUUGAGUUGUUUCAUAUUUCAAAACUGACACAAACAAUGAUCCUGAUCACUUAACUUUGACCCUUGUGCUAUUUGGUUACAAGUACUAUUGUGUAAACCAUUGUUUUCAUGUUAGUAUUUGCUUAAGUUUCAUGAAUUGACAUCAUUAGACUUGAUCACUUAGUAGUUAACAUGUUAUUGAUCAUUAUAUAAGAACGAUGAUGUGUUAUUAUUAUUAUUUUCAAUUCGUUUGUUAGAGAAUUCUUGGUCAUGAUCUCAGAAUCGGUUGAUUACGGUAAUGGAUCCUUAUUUAGACAUAAACUAUAAGAUGUCUUUUAUCUUGCUAUUUUAUAUCCACACGCCACUUGAGCUAUCCUCCAAGUAAUUGGGUGUGGGUGCUUGUGGGUAAGAGGUCUGGGGUUGGAGCCCCAGUGACCAGUAGGAACCAUCAUACUAUCGGAGCACUCUGCUAAAAUGCUACCUUAAGGCUAAUUUUCCCUUUGAUUGAUAUUGAAAUGUAUCUAUAUGUUAUGUGCCUUACAUUAUGUCUUCAAAUGAUUUUAAUGAAAAUGUCUAAUUUAAUUCAACUCCUUGCUUUAAGCUUGAUUCACCUCCCAUAAUCUUCACCUCUCUGUUUUGAUAGGAAAAUGUUGCUGGUAAGUCAGGAUUGGCACACUGUAUUGACAGAUCAAGUUAUCAAAAGAUCAAGCAUUUCUGUGAAUUGGAAAACUAAUGUUAGAAGAUAAAUGUUGGGAAAGAAUUUAUAAACAGAACAUAAUGUAGGAUCUCUUAUUAUCUUUUUAAUACAAGUGGAUGUUUUUUUUCUGAACAAAAAAGAAAAAAGGAAAGACAGAAAAGAAAAAGGGAAAAAGACAAAAAGAAGAGGCUGUAGCUACUCAAGGCAUUUGAUGAACUUAUAAUAAUUUAGUGUAUGAUCAGAAUGUUAACAAAGAUGAGGUUAUGAUUGACAACAAUUAGUCACUAACAUGGAUAUGUAUUUCAGAUUUCCUUAGACUGCUGUGGAACACUCUAAUUGUAUGAAAAUCACAGUGAGUUGCCAGAAUUUCUUGGUGGUUCCUGCACCUGUGCUGAUGAGGGAGGUUGCCUUCGAUCUGAUAAGGGUCCGUGGAAGAAUCCAGAAAUAUUGAAGAUGGUUCACAAUGGUGAAGCGCGGCGUGCCAGGCAGAUUGUCAAGGUUAUAACCAGCGAGGGGAAGGUUACCUAUAUUAAACCGCACUACCCAGCCAGGCAGAUUGUAUUCAAAUUAUUGUUAUUUUUUUUAUUUUUUUUUUAAGAAACUGAAUAUUUUUAGUUAUGCUCAUAAAUAUCAUCGUGAAAUAAGGAAGCAGUUUUAAUUUGAAAAUUGUUAAUUUUUUGAAUUUGAACUUGGGGAUGUGUUUCCUAUUUAAAAGUUAUUUGAAUGUUAUUCAAAUUAUUGUUAAUAUUUUUUUUUUUUUAAGAAACUGAAUAUUUUUAGUUAUGCUCAUAAAUAUCAUCAUGAAAUAAGGAAGCAGUUUUAAUUUGAAAAUUGUUAAUUUUUUGAAUUUGAACUUGGGAAUGUGAUAUUAGGUUAAUCAUAUUUAUAAUGCAAUUUGCUCUCUCCAUAGAUUUGCUCUCAGGUCUCAAUUCCGUCUCUCAGGUUUACAUAUGUCUAUUGUGGCUCUCCUCGUGUUGACUGUAAUGCAAACCGAACAAUGAGUUCAAAGUACAAUCAGUUCACCAUUCAAGCAGUUGAACCAAUGGAAGAUUAGGCAGAAGUUGCCAUUUUUCUUUUACAGUAAUUUUAUUUUAUUUAGUGUUAAGACUUUUCUUGGUGCCGAGCUUCUUUCAAUUUCUAUUGACUUGUUAUCUACGGAUUUACAUGGAGUAUUGUAUGCAAGUAUUUCAUAUACCCAAUUUUCUAGAAGUAAAUAAUAAGUAUCAUUUUAUUUUGAUUUAUAUA